AGUGGCCCCCGCACCUCGCGGCCUUCAGUUCAAGCUGAGACCCGCGAACGCCAACACGCUUUCGCGACGCCCACUCUCGCAUCGCACCGCCGAGGCUCAACACGCGAUAGUGUUCACUUGUGAACGAGUUGCGCGCCCUUUCUCUCACGCAGUGUGAUCGUGCUUCGGUACGUGAAUGCAAAACCGGACUACUCUCUUGGCACGAGACAGCUACAAGGAAUCCGCAGCGGUUUGGACCUCUGAAAUUUUUCAAUAGUCGCCGAGGACUGGCCUGCCACUCACCCGGACCCCGCCACUGGCCCGCGGGGACUCAUCGACGACGCGAUAACAACAAACACGUAGGCAACAGGAGAACAACGGCAUGACGGCUACGCACGGCGGCGGACGUGAAGAUGAUCGUCCGGACAAGGACUCCGUAUACACGAUCAAGACAGGAUUCAAAAACGACGCCUACCAGCACGACCGAGACGCGAACGAUGAUAUCGUCAAACCCCCACCACUACCCGCUGAAGACGAUAAUUACAUGUCUGGCAAAGUAAAAUUAAGUGUCAAUGAGAAAUGGAGAAUAUUAAAAAACAUUGCCGCAGUGAGCGCAGCGUUCAUGAUCCAAUUCACCGCCUUCCAAGGAACUGCUAACCUGCAGUCCUCCAUAAACGCCGCAGAUGGCCUAGGAACAGUUUCCCUGAGUUCGAUCUACGCGGCGCUUGUAGUCUCCUGUAUAUUCGUACCCACAUUCCUAAUUAAGAGGCUAACGGUCAAAUGGACCCUCUGCAUAUCCAUGAUGUGCUAUGCCCCGUACAUCGGGGCACAGUUUUACCCGGCGUUCUACACCCUCGUCCCAGCGGGCGUGGUGGUCGGGCUGGGAGCGGCACCUAUGUGGACAUCGAAGGCCACGUACCUGACGCAGGCUGGCAGCGUCUACGCGAAGCUGACCGACCAGGCCGUCGACGGUAUUAUAGUACGGUUCUUCGGCUUCUUCUUCCUUGCUUGGCAAACGGCUGAGCUUUGGGGAAAUCUGAUCUCCAGUUUAGUGUUUUCUUCGGGAGUGCACAACUCGAACGUGACAACUGAGAACACGAGCAAGACGUUGCUGACUUGCGGCGCGAACUUCUGCAUGAUCGGCGGCGGUCACCAUGACAACCAGAACCUGCACCGGCCUCCAGACAGCGAGAUAUAUGAGAUCAGUGCCAUAUACCUCGCCUGCGUCGUCGUUGCCGUCCUCAUGGUGGCUCUCCUUGUCGAUCCUCUGUCAAGGUACGGUGAGAAGCAAAGGAAGUCAGACCCCUCAAAGGAGCUGACUGGAAUCCAACUGCUGUCAGCCACCGCAUACCAGUUAAAGAAGCCGAACCAACAACUCUUGAUCCCCAUCACUCUGUGGAUUGGUAUGGAGCAAGCGUUCAUUGGAGCUGAUUACACACAGGCUUACGUAUCCUGCGCGCUCGGGAUCCGUUCCAUCGGCUACGUCAUGAUCUGCUUCGGCGUGGUCAACGCAAUCUGCUCUCUGGUCUUCGGGUCAGCUAUGAAGUACAUCGGAAGAUUCCCAAUACUAGUGAUGGGAGCUGCCCUGCAUCUUGGACUGAUCGUGUGGCUACUCAUUUGGAAGCCCGACCCGGAGUCGCCGACAACGUUCUUCAUUAUAUCUGGUCUCUGGGGCGUCGGUGAUGCUGUUUGGCAGACCCAAAUCAACGGGUUGUACGGAGUCCUAUUCAGACGUAACAAGGAGGCCGCGUUCUCCAACUACCGUCUAUGGGAGUCAGCCGGUUUCGUGAUCGCCUAUGCUUACUCCACCCACCUGUGUGCCAGGAUGAAGCUAUACGUCAUGAUGGUCAUGCUCCUCAUUGGAGUAGCUGGGUACAUCGUCGUCGAAAUACUGCACAAGCGAAAGGCUCGCCGUCUGAAAGCUAUCGCCGAGGACCCAGCCAUAGCCGCCGAGGCCGCCAAACAGCCGCCCGAAGAGGACGACGAGAAGGACGAAAUUGAUGACGAAAUCAUUAUUACGCACCUGUAAGCCGAGGCCG